UUUUUUCAGAUACCACCUAGCUUGAAACAUGAUGGACUCCAUCUCAUUCUAAAAUACAAUGGAAGAUGUUUACAAGGAACUCCAGUGCUGAAAAUUUCUGGUACACUUCGUUGGCAUGUAUUUUAGCCUGGACUUUGUUUAGCUCAAGAAAAUAUGGGGUUUAAAUUGCUAAAAGCCUUUCAUGUUGAAACUAGAAGGUUGCUUUGGCUAACUGGUUUGGUGUUUAUAACUGUUGUACUUUUCCAAUGUAUUGAAUUACCAAAGGGUAAUUCUUUAUGGUCCAUGUUUUCUCCGGGUGAAGUCUCGGAGCAAAAAGUCAACUUCUUUGGUAAGAACUCGACAUCCUAUUUAGUAAGCAAUAUGAGUUCACCAAGUGCUGUAAAUUCAAAAAUUGUAUCUGAAGACGGGAACAACUUUUCUGGCAGAGUUGAUGAAGGUCGAAAUAAUGUUCCCUUUAUCUCGGAGAAUCCCGAGCUUGGCAAUACUACCAAGAGUAAUUCUUCAUUCACCGAGUCCUUGAAAGAAUACUUUGCUUUGCAUAAAGGGAAUUCUAACUUGGCCUUAAUAAAACCACUAGGUGCACCAUUAGUUUUAUCGCAUGAUGUAGCUCCUAAUUUUAGUAUGGAGUUUGGCACUUCGGCGCCACCGGCACCUCCACCUCUAGUUCAUGUUUCAGCUAAGAACCCAAGGUUAACGGUGUUUGAAAAAGAGGUCCUUUCAUUGUCAGAUAUGAGUGAGGCGUUGAUCCAAAAUUUUGCUUCACCUUCUACGAUGAUACCGCGAUGGUCCUCAAAAGCAGAUGAGGAAUUAGUACUUGCAAAACAACUGAUUGAGAGUGCACCUCCCUUGAAGGAUGGGCUAUAUGCUGCAUUAUAUCGUAAUGCAAGCAUGUUUCAGAGGAGCUAUGAGUUAAUGGAGCAGAUGCUUAAAGUCUACAUCUACAAGGAAGGAGACACGCGAAUAUUCCACAGGCCACCACUUUUGGGAAUAUAUGCUUCGGAAGGAUGGUUUAUGAAACAUAUGGAAGCAAACCGGCAUUUUGUCACCAAAAAACCCAAGGAAGCACACCUCUUUUACCUUCCUUUUAGCUCUUUACAGUUGGAGGAGACGUUGUACGUUCCCAAGUCACAUGACCGCAAACCCCUUAUACAGCAUUUGGAGGACUACGCGGAUAUGAUUUCAGCAAAGUACCCUUUUUGGAAUAGGACUGAGGGCACAGAUCACUUCCUUGUUGCCUGCCAUGAUUGGGUUCCAUCCGAAACAAAGCGGCAAAUGGCAAAUUGCAUUAGAGCUAUAUGUAAUUCUGAUGUCAAAGAGGGAUUCAAAUUUGGCAAGGAUGUAUCCCUUCCAGAAACAAACGUACGAAAAUCACAAAAUUCUUUAAGAGAUGUUGGAGGAAAACCACCUUCAAAGAGGAAAACCUUAGCAUUCUAUGCCGGAAAUACGCUGCAUGGUUAUCUCCGGCCAAUUCUCUUACAAUAUUGGGGAAACAAUACUGAUCCUGAUAUGCAGAUACACGGCACCUUGCCUCGUUCUAAGGAUAAUCGAAACUACAUCAACUACAUGAAAAGAAGCAAGUAUUGUAUAUGUCCAAGAGGAUAUGAAGUCAAUAGCCCACGAGUUGUCGAAGCUAUCUUCUUUGAAUGUGUCCCUGUGAUCAUAUCCGAUAACUUUGUUCCGCCAUUUUUUGAGACUUUGAACUGGGAGUCGUUUGCUGUGUUCGUGGCAGAGAAAGAUGUCCCGAAUUUGAAAAACAUCCUUGUUUCAAUCCCAAAGAAGACAUUUUUGCAGAUGCAUAUGAGGGUUAAGAAGGUACAACAGCAUUUUUUGUGGCAUCCUAAACCUCUCAAGUAUGAUUUGUUUCAUAUGAUUCUUCACUCAAUUUGGUAUAACAGAGUCUUUCAAUUUAGGCCCCGUUGAUAGAUUCGUGUUACAUUGUGUAAUGUAUAUUAUUUUAUGCAGGCGAUACACCUUAUUAGUUUAGUAGGUAGUAGUAGGAAGUGCGAGUGUGAAUCGCGAUAAAUUGUAAAUUGUAAUAAUCAAGUUAACUGAUAUUUGGUACAAUAGAUGUUAACACACCCACAAAGGCUACAAUUAUACCAAUUCUAUAUUUCUAUGGAAUUCUUUGAACUUAA